AUCUUCGUGAGCUUAUGCGCCCUUGCGCGACUCAGCCUGGCUCCUACAUCGACCCGUUUCUUUUGCUUGCGACUCCAUGAGUGUCGAUUGGUGUGCGAUGUACUUCCGACAGAUUCCCAUCCCUACACCGUCCAGCUCGAAACCGUUGCCGAUGAUUACAGAAGUCACUUCGAUCUCAAACCCGAGCUCGGAUCUCGAAUGUACUCCAACCAGGUCUCGCCGCUAAGCUGCUUCGCGUAUCCGGAUCUCAUCUCUCCGUCACAAUUCACUUGGAUCCUAGUGGGCUUAUUGGAGCAGCCCAUCCGAUCGACUCAAGGUCACUUUGCAUUGGCUGCGGUCAUUAAGGAAUGCUGCAGAGUAGUGCAGAGGAACAUGUUUCGUACCUCCCUCAUC